AUGAUUAUUAAAUUGGUGGUUGGAGAGUUCACCCUAAACAUUAUUAGCGCCUAUGCGCCGCAUGCGGGCCUAGAUGAGGAGGUUAAACGGCGAUUCUGGGAAAGGUUAGAUGAGAUUGUGUGCCAGGUUCCUCUUGCUGAGAAGCUAUUCAUAGGAGGGGAUUUCAAUGGGCAUAUUGGGUCGACCACAGGCGGUUAUGGUGAGGUGCAUGGGGGCUUCGGUUUUUGGGAGAGGAACAGAGGAGGUACAUCGCUAUUGGACAUCGCUAAGGCUUUUGGGUUGGUGAUUGCGAACUCUAGCUUUUCGAAGAGGGAGGGGCAUUUGGUUACUUUUCAAAAUCUGGUGACGAAGACUCAGAUUGACUAUCGCAUCCUCAGGAGGUGUGACAUAGGGUUGUACAAGUAUUGCAAGGUGAUUCUGGGUGCGGUCAAUUUCUCCGCUUCUGUGGUCACUGGGAAGGCCCCCUCUAGGCCGCUUCUACGGCUUGUGGCUCGCCUAUGCAAGCUCGCACCUAUGGCUGGCCAAGUGCAGCCUGACACGUUUCCCAACUACUGGUAUCAGAGCACAAACAGUGUAAUUCUGGUAGAAAAGUAUGGUACUGGUGCAGGUACUAUUCACAAGAAUAGUGUGACACUAUUGAUCAUCGUUACUAUUUAG